AUGUUUCUGCUUAGUGAGGAACAAUAUUUGUGGAUGGAUCUUUUAUUCGAACUGAGUGUGACUUUGGCGUCCCGUUGCGUUGACGGAUUCGUGACAGGGCCAGUGCUCGACAAGCUUUAUAAUGAUUUCGAUAUCAGACUAGAGGACCUCAGCAGACUUUUAAACAACGAUGAUGAUCCUGCUGUUGAGUCUGCUGCUUUCGCAGACUCUGGCGGGAAGACUCAAGCUGAGAAUGAUCGAGCAAAGGAAACUUCAAUCGAUUUGAGUGCUCUAAAAAGCGCAAAAACAAUCCAACGACGAUCACAAACAGAACUCAAAAUCAACGAGAAUCUUUUGGAGCUCAUAACUCCAACUGAACCACAAAAAACUGAGCCCCCAACUGUCAAGCCGACUCGCAAGCCACCUGUGACCCCGAAUGAGAGAAAAUUCUCCUUCUUUGCAUUUCGGCGAAAAUCGAACGAUGAAAUUGCAAUGGAUCGAAUCACAAACAUGGAGAAAUUUGUGCUAGAUAAGUCGACGAAGCUCAAGGAAGAAAUUGAAGAUUUAGAAGAAAAGUUUGAAGAAACGACAUCUUUCGUGAAAUUUUCGAUUGAAAAUCAGUUUUGGUCAAGCUGGUCAGAUUGGUCACCGUGCUCGACGACGUGCGAACGUGGCAUCAUGCGACGACAUCGUCAUUGCAAUGCGGAAACAAGCUGCAUUGGGAGCAGAAAGACUUGUGGUGGAGGAGUGAAAUCAAGGAAGAGAACGUGCAAGCAUGGGGAUAUUGGACAUGAAAACUGCCAAAGAAUCGACAGCGAAGAGUCCGUCUUAUGCAAUACGCAGGAUUGCUCUCUGUUGAUUAUAUUCGGAGGGAGAGAGAAUGAAGAAAAGUCACUGCUCAUCGAUCCGAUUUCCGGCGAGUUGUUCAAGUAUCACCACCAUCUACCAGAAGAAAACCAGCCUAUGACAUUUAUUGGCUCAUGUGCUGCAAUAUUUCAAAAUUAUCUGAUCGUAGCUGGCCAUGACCACAUUGGAAGGAUGAAUCAAGUUUUUAUGCUGAAGCAAACUCUUUGGCAGACUUUGCCUUCUCUUGAGCACCAAAGAAAUUCUGCAGCCUGUGCAGGGAUGGUCACAGAAUUAUGUGAAUGA